CAUUCGUUCAUUCAUUCAUUCAUUCAGUCAUGCUUUUGUGUGAUAGCCACUGUGACUCAUUCCAUGAAUCAUUCAUUCACUCAUUCAUUCGUUCAUUCAUGAUGAUAGACACUGCGACUCGUUCAUGUCAUGUCCAGAAUAUGUACAGUCUGUCACACGAAACAACACAAUCAACCAACUCACUCAAUCCGACCACCGAUGGCUGCGGCAUGGGCAAUGGCCUCCUCUCCCAUAUCACCCUCGCCCAGCGCAAACCCCUCCAUGAAUUGGUUGAUCUGCUGCUGCCCGUCGGGGUCCUCAUGGUCCUCAUGCUCGUGCGGAUCACCAUCCUUCUGCUCAUCGUCGUCUUCGGAAUCCAUCUCAUUCUUGUCGCCCUCCCCCUCAGCGGCAGCGGCAGGCUGGGCGGCGGCGGCAGCAGCAGCAGGCUGGGCGGGAGGCGGGUCAAGGUUGUCGGCGAGCGCUUGCUGCUGUAUGCGAAUGUGGCCUCCACAACGGCCGUGGCGCGAAGCGGUGCGACCCGAAGGAACAAUGAGCGCUCCUCAUCCACCACCAGACGAUUCUGCACACACACAGACAUGACACAAGUAAGGGGAGAAAUGGGUGAGUGUCGUCAUUCUGUGAAUGUCGUGGUGCAUGUACCGUUCGUUUGUAGCCGUUGCCGCACAUGGUGCACCCCUCCAGGCAUCGAUCACUAUCCAGCAGCACUGCGAUGAUCUUGUCCAUCCCAUCCCCACAAAACUCGUGCAUAUUCCAUUCUCGACCGAAAAUGGCCCUGCGGCGAUAGUCAGCUGGAAGGCUGGAGAGGAGGCACGCGCCUCGCCUCCUCACGACGCGCAGGCCCUGUGCUGUGCUGGCGGCCAAGGGGGGCUGGGUGUGCUCGUUGAGGAAGUGAACGAGCUCGAUGGCGGUCUGUCGUUCGACCAGAGAGGCGGCCACACGCUUCCACCGACCAUCCACCCGCAGACCCGGACUGCGGGCAGACCUGGCGACGAGGAAGAGGCUGGAGGGUGCGAUGGAUGGCAUCGUCGAGGGAAACGAAUGCAGCAAACACGCGGGCCAGCUGGUCGGCCUCCCGCGGGUCGUCCUCUGUGGGCUCCAGGGCUUCUUCCAGCCGUUGCCGAGGAAGCCACCUGCCAGAAGGCCCGUGGCGCUGCCGAUCGACAAGAGUGGGAGUGGUGGACCGCCUCGGGGUAUCAAAUUGAGGGCCUCGGACGACGGAUGAGCAGCAUCGACCCUGCCACGCAGCCGGACCGGGCCGUGUCGCCAGUCGGCAGAGGGCUGGUCAGCUGCAGCGGAACGGGUCCUCUACAGGCUGGAGGGGUGGUGGGUGGAGGAAGGGGAGAGAGAGAGAGAGAAGGGGUCCGCGAGGCGCUCAGGUGCACAGAGAGGCGCCUGCAGGCACACAGGAGACCCAGAAGAGGCAGCAGAUGAGUCGAUCGACCUUGUGUACAUAUGUGUAUAUGUAUACAUCUCCAUGGAUGUGUGUGAGUGGGCCUUCCUGUCAGUGUGUGAGUACCUGGGUGAGUGAGUGAGUCGUCCGUCAUCGGCU